UCUUUUUUAAGAAAUUAACAGAACAUUAGUAUUUGUUUGCUGCAUAAAUCAGAAUGCUUCACAGAAAUCCUCUGAAAAAAAAAGUAGUUAGAAAUAGAAAGAGCAACUUACAGAUACAAAAUCACCUAUUGCCUUUGAUGGAAAAUCUUUUUUAUAUGACUUCUCUUUAUGCUCUUUUGUGGUGUGUUUUAUUUGUUUAUUGAUGUGGUGAUACGGGAAACGGCUUGAGAUGCUUUGGCGCGAUUUAAGUUGAAUUUUGAAAAUCAGAUUUCGCUUAAAUGUAAAUUAUGAAUUAUGAUACUUACAAAAGGGAGUGGGUGGAAGCUUUCACUCCCUGGAAAAGGGAACCAAAGGAAUACCCCGACAACAGCCCAGGUUUUUCAAGUGAUUAUGAGAGUUUCAAUCCGAAGCGACAGAGGUUCUAUUUACAUGCUCAAAAUAAGCACUUAGAUGUUUAUACGAAGAUGGCUGCUUUAAAAACUUCCACAUCUGUCGUCAGUCUUGAAUCAUACUCGGGAAAAGAGGAGAUAUUUCAAUGUUCUGGAACCAUUAUAGAAAGUGUUGACACUUCUAGUAUAAUAUUGACCGCUGCGAGUCUCCUUAGGUGCUCUAAGGCUAGAAAUUCUAUAGCAGAUGACAUUAAGGUUAUUGUGCACCUAUUUGAUGGAAGAGCAUUUGAUGGUCAUAUUGAGGCUUAUGACUUUCACUACAAUGUUGCUGCUAUAAGGAUUCAAUCAGACACCCCACUUCCAAUUGCUUCCCUAGCUCAUUUAAAUGAUUCUAUCAUGAUUCGGCCUAGUCAGCUCAGAGUUACGGAAGAGAAGCCAUUUCAACUUCGUCCGCAUUCAAACUCAUUUCAUCUUAUUCCUGGAGAUUCAGUUAUUGCACUUGGUCGUUUCAAUAAGAAGCCGUAUGAUAUCAUGGCUGCCCCUGGUGAAUUCAGCAUUGAUCGCUGCGACUACCACUACUUCGAGUGUAAAGAGCUUUUCAUGGCAACUUGCAGAAUUACAAGAUGUGGUAUUGGCGGCCCACUUAUCAAUCACUAUGGAGAAAUCAUCGGUAUCUGCUUUCAUGAUGUCUCCUCUAUUGCAUUCUUGCCAAUCAAUAUAACUUCCAUAUGGUGGGAACAUUAUAAGAAAUAUAGGCAACCACGUCGGCCGCGGCUCGGGAUGGAGGUAACUAAUCUCUAUGCAGUUGACUUAGAAAUUCUGGAAAGAAUUAUUUCAAAGUUCCCUGAAGUCAUGGAAGGCAUCAUUGUUGAAGAGGUAUGCUUUCUAUUGCAGUUUUUUUUCUUGUUUGUGGAAAACCGUUGUUCUUUGAAUGGUAUUGUGUCCCACUAUUUCAUAGUUGUCAAAGAAAGUAGGCACAUUAUAGCACCAGGGUAGAAUAGUAGGCCAGGCAUGGGUGCAAGGCAUUCUGAUGGAUGUGAGGUGUCCGUUUGUAUAAGAUGUGCCUUAAGAAAAACAAUGGCACGCCUUAGUCCCAAGCAAGUUGCGGUCGAUUAUAUG